GGGAAGGUACGGCCUCACAACUCACCGCAGUGAGCAAGGGAACAGGCAUACUGGUGAGGGGAGUCCAUGGGACGAGACAGCUCUGCCCCGUCUCAACCCGUGGACAGUCUGGUGGGCGGCUGUGUCUGUUGAUUAAGAGAACCAGAAGGCUAUAGCGUGGCCCAGAUAUCCCGGGGCUUUCAGACCACCCAGAACAGGAGAGGAACAUCGAACAAAUUCUCCCCAACUUAUCCAGGAGAAUCCCAUUUCUGGAAAAGUCAAGAGUGAAAAGAAGGGUCAGGAAUGUCUUCCACAGGGCUGGAACUGAUCGGCUUCACUCUGGGAAUGCUGGGUUUUUUAGGGACACUGGUUGCCACCAUUUUGCCCAAAUGGAGAACCACUGCAUACACCGGCUCCAACAUUAUCACAUCCGUGGGCUACCUGAAAGGCCUGUGGAUGGAGUGUGCCUACCACAGCACGGGCACCAUCCAGUGCGAGACCUACAACUCCCUGCUGGCCUUGCCCUCUGAUCUCCAGGCUGCGCGGGCCAUGAUGGUCAUCUCAGUGGUUCUGUCCAGCCUGGGCUGUGUCAUCUCUUGUGUUGGGAUGAAGUGCACCACCUGCAUGCUGGAGUCCUCGGCUAAAUCCAAAGUGGCUGGCGCUGGGGGCUGCUGUUUCCUGGCUGCUGGCUUCAUGAGCUUAAUCCCUGUGUCAUGGACAACUAACGAGGUGAUCAGCAUUUUCUACGACCCUAACCUGUCCUCCAGCUACAAGUACGAGAUGGGAGAGUCGCUCUAUGUGGGCAUGGUGUCUGCCUUGCUCUCCUUUCUAGGUGGGGGUAUCCUCUGUGCCUCCUGCUGUGGGCAGGAAGGGGGACUCCACCGUUACCCAAUCAGCAAUCCCCAGCACUCGCAGCAAAUGACUUUCCGGAACCCAGCGGCACACAACAGCAAUAACCAUCCCCAGAGCAAAAACCCCCGGCCCCCGGGACCCUCCUCCUCCUCCAGGACUCAGAGAACCAACUUCAAUGGUUACAACCUCAAUGGGUAUGUGUGACACUGCUAGGGUGGGUGAACUGGAAUGGAAUGUACCAGGAAUUAUGGAACACUGACUCGUUACUUGACAGUGGACUAUCACUGGCACCCUGUGAAGUCAAACUUACACUGUCACCUUGCAGGACACUGGGAAAUAUGUCCCUGUGCAGUGUAUUACAAACAGGUUGCAGUGCAUUUCAAAUGUUCUAAAACUUUAAAUAUGCUAUCAUAAAUUCUGUUGCUAAUCUACGAUAAAACUAAGCUAGGGCUGUAUUUUCUUCACAGUAAAAAAGAUGGCUUAUUUCACUGCUUUUCACGAUCUGAAAAUAGGUAUUUCAAUAUAUUUUAUGAUUAAACAUAAUAUUAUUAAAGCAGAAAAAGGUGUUAUGUUCAAAAUUGAUUUUUUUCUCGAAAUAUUUAAAUGCUAAAUUACAGAAUGUCCACCUUUUAAAGACAUCCGAUUUUCACCAUUAGUGAAUCAUCAAACAAAAUAAAAACAUAAAUACAUUUAAAAAUAACAACAGACAGGUAAAAUGUCCCUUUCUUGUAUUAGACAGAGCGAUCUUUAGCAGAAAUGUUUCCGAUCUUUGAUGCAGCUGGUGUCCUUUUUACUGAAGACAUUUUAAAGAAAUCAUGCAGCUCUAUGCAGUGUGUGUUCAAUCAUUUACCAGAAGCAAAAUAAGAUGGUUGCCAGGUUAGGGAAUGCAGUGAAACAGUCAAUAAGGCAAACAUUUGCUGUAUUUAUUUUGAAGUGAUGAAAAACAUGCAUAUUUACACUAUUCAUUCAAAAAUGAGAAUUUUUCAAGUAAAACUACAUAUUACACUGCAAUGGGUACGCUUCAUGGAAAUCGUGAAAUCUAUUAUAACUAUAGUAAGUCAAACAGACCAAGUAAAAGCCUUCAUCAAUGGAAUCAAAAUCUAUUGUUCUGGUACACUGGGACCAAGUGUUUAAGUGUUCCAGAUCGUGUCGGUCACACUUUAAGGUACAUUAUCAAGCAUCUGUAAACAUGUUAGAAAAGGGGUUGAGGAUUAUUAUCACAGGGUAACAGAUGAUACAAUAUCUAUUCAAAAUAGAGAUCAUUUCAAAACCAUUUUUUCAUGUAUCUGUUUACUGAGAGAUACAAUUAAGGUACAUUUUUUUGUUUGUUUUGUAUGUCAUUUUUUCUUACUGAGUAAUUUGAAAGGUUUGGCACUGAAUAACGUUUUUGUAUUUAAGGCAACAGUGUUAAUAAGAAGAUGCAGAGUUUGCUAUAAAAUAAAACCCCAGAAUUUGUCUGUUUAGUUUAGGUUUAAACAUACAUUGUUGUCCAUACAUUAUACUUGUUAUUUAAAAGAAUACUUCAGGAAUGUACAAGGGGGGUACGUUUUUACUGUACUCAUUUCUAUAUAUUGUAUUGGUGUCUAUGGAUCAAUAAAAAAUACAAACAAAUAAAAACGUACUGAAACUA